AUGAGGGCCACCGUAAAGAGACACAGUGAGUCGGACCUGGAAGAGCAGAUGCAGGAGCUGAAGACCAUCACUCGACUUCAAGAGCAAUGUCAGAUGGUCCAGACCCAGGGGAUGAAAGAGAAGACCACCCAGAACAAGGCAACCAUGACCCUCCUGCGCAGUGACAUCCGCCGGGGUGCCCAGGACUGGGCUUUUGCCAAGAAGUACGACCAGUGGAUCAUCUCCAAGGCCUGCGGGACAGAAGUGCCCCUGAACCUGGCGCACUCCCGCAGCACCAUGGAGGUGGCUAGGGAGAAGCUCCGCAAGUACGUCUUCGACCGCGUGAAUGCGCACAACGUGCUGAUCUACCUGGUGAGGCGGCGCGGGCAGAAGUUGGAAAACAUGCAAUUGGAACUAGCUAGCCUGCGGAGCCAGCGGGACGCCACCAAAGAGGAGCAGCGGCUGCUGCAGAUCAUCCGCCAGCUGGAGAACAACAUCGAAAAGACGAUGAUGAAGAUCACCACGAGCCAGAACAUCCACCUGCUGUAUGUGGACCUGCUGGACUACCUGAAGAAAGUGUUGGUGGGAUACCCCACAGAACUAGACAAGCUACAGAAUCUUGUGGUCGAAUACUGCUCAGAGCUUUCUGAUAUGACGGUCAUGUCCCAAGAAGCUAUGAUGAUUACAGAUGAGGUCAAGAGGAACAUGAGGCAAGGGGAAGCAUCCUUCAUAGAGGAGCGCAGGGCCCGGGAGAACCGGCUCAACCAGCAGAAGAAGCUGAUAGACAAGAUACGCACAAAGGAGACCAGUGAGAAGUACCGCAGGGGCCAGACGGACUUGGACUUCCCUUCCAACCUGAUGAAUGCAGAAAUCCUGAAAGUGAGGAGAAAGGAGACCUCCGAGGUUGACAUAGAAUACCAGACAGAUGUGACGGCUUUGGUAGAGAAAGUCAAGACUGCUGUGCGAUGCUCCCACCUCUGGGACAUCGCCGGCCGAUUCCUGGCACAGAAGAACACGGAGGAAAACCUGGAGCUGCAGCUGGAGGACUGUGAGGAGCGGCGGAGGCGGCUGGAGGCCCUGACGGGCAGACUGGGGCUGGAGGAGGCCUUGCUCAAGUUCCGCCAGUUGCCCAGCUCCAUCAGCUUUAAGUCCAUAGAGAAGAAGAUGAAGGACAUGCUAAAAGAGGAAGAAGAAAGGCUCCAACUGGCCCACUCCAACAUGAACAAGAGCCAGAAGAUGCUGCUAAUCAUCCAGAUGGGCAUAGACAACCUCUACAUCCGGCUCUAUGGCGUGGCCCUGCCCUCCGCCCAGAAAGAAGAGGCGCCGCAUGACACCCUGGAUUUGUACAGCAAGCUGGCACACUGCGAAGAAAAGCUCACUUUCCUGACUGACCGCCUGCAGACGCUGUCCAGAACAGAGGAGGUCGGCACCAAGGUGAGGGACGCCCUAGAGUCCUCCACGCUGAAGGAGAAGCACAACACCAGGAUCAGCUUUGAGGACUUGGAGGACGACAUGAUCGAGACCUUCCAGUUUGCCGACGUGGACCACAGCUACGUCCCUUCGCGAGCCGAGAUCAAGAGGCAGGCCCAGCGGCUGAUUGAAGUGAAGUUCAAGGGGAGCAAGAAGAAGAAGAAGUAGCCCUGGCAGAAGUAGCCUGCUCUGCUCUGUUACACAAAUAAAUAUUUUUCCAG